UUCUUUCUUUAAGGAGCUUGAAAGGCUGUUGCUGGGAGUACGUUUCAGGAACGACUCUUUCCAAGUGAGGGAUAAUAUCGUUCUUACUACUCGUCCAAGUAAGCGCCCACAGAAGAAGACUCGCUCCUUCUCCACCGCAGGAUGGGGCUUGGUGGACGGCGCACGAUUAGCGCGCUUAUCCACCGUCAAAUUGGCAACUAACGGUGGAUACGGCACUACUUAUGCAGUGCGUUCAUAUCUUUCCUUUUGAUUUGGCCAUGGGAAGUAGAGCGCUGGAUCAUGAUCAAGUGUUGGGCGCAGUGGUAGCGGCUUUGGGGCGAUCAUCCAGCAGAGUAGUCGACUGUAAUACUGAUUCCUCUCAAGAGUUUAAUCCUCCUCCUGCUUCUCCAGCGCCCAAGAACGAUCAUGGAUCCAGGAGCUCGCUGCAGCACCAUAAUCUCUUCUCGUGCUUCACAGGUAGGAAGAUCAAGCCCUCUUCUACGAGUGGAUCGUCGUGGUCGUGGCCGCGGAGCCCAUCCAUCAUGUCGCGGCUGCUGCUCAGCCCCAGCAUGAGCCCGGACAAUCGAAUGGGGGACCAGUCGCCGGCAAGGGGCAACCACCAUUCCCACAAGAUCCGAUCGUUCACUUUCUCGGCUGCGAAGGCGAGGAAGAACAGGAGAUUCGAUGAUCCGGAGGAGGAAUCGUCGUCCAACCGGGGCGAACCAACCUCGCCCAAAGUUACUUGCAUGGGGACCGUGAAGGCGCCCAAAUCGUGCAAAGCCAAGACCGCGAGGCCUCCUCCGCGGUGUCCUGGAUCGAAGAAUCUCACGCAUCACCACCAGCAAGUCCAGGAUUCCUUGCUUGAUCUCAGCAGACUUAGCUCCAAGUCCGGCGAGCUAAGGAGAUCAAAGGCGACUGGGUUGGGUCACGAUCAGCGACCAAGUUCCCACGGGCACACGCGAUCAUCGUCAUCGCUAUCAAACAGGAAGAUAAGCUCCAUGGAUUGCCAGGUCCCUUCUCUACAGUCGCAGCAAAUGGUUCCUCAAUCGACUGCGUCAAUGCCAGCGCAAUUCACCACUGCCUCUUCUUUGCAACCAAUCGAUCUCGUGAAAAGGCCCUCCAUCUCCCCAGCGGCGCCGCUCAAGAGGCCCGAGGAGGUGUGCAUUUGGCGGAGACGAUGCGUCCCGGAGCCCUUGCGUCUCGACAUUAUGGGAUCUGUGGCCGGUCAACUCAAGGCCCGGUCGGUGUCAUGUAGCUAGCCAAAGUCGUGUACAAAAUUUUAUAGUGUGCGCCACUUUUCUUAUUGUCUGAUAGCAAAUCGCCAUCAUACAUCUAAA